CCUGCUGGUGGGUGGGGCGCAGGGCGUCUCUGCCGGCCUCCCGAAGCCCGCGGCGCAUUGUGGGAUCUGUCAGAGGGCCAGGAGGAGCAGGACACGCCGCUGGGUCAUGGGCUUCCAGUCGAGCACCAUCUUGCUGGCCUCCCUGGGGGUGGGGCUGCUGACCCUGCUCGGCCUGGCCCUGGGCUCCUACUGGGUGCGGAGGUCCCGCCGACCGCAAGUCACUCUCCAAGACCCUAAUGAGAAGUACCUGCUGUGGCUGGUGGACAAGACGACUGUGAGUCACAACACCAGGAGGUUCCGCUUUGCCCUGCCCAGCGCCCACCACAUUCUGGGGCUGCCUGUAGGCAAACAUGUCUACCUCUCUGCCCGGAUUGAUGGCAGCCUGGUCAUCAGGCCAUACACCCCUGUCACCAGCGAUGAACAUCAAGGCUAUGUGGACCUGGUCAUCAAAGUCUACCUUAAAGGUGUGCACCCCAAAUUCCCUGAGGGGGGGAAGAUGUCUCAGUACCUGGAUGGCCUGAAGAUUGGGGAUGUGGUGGAGUUUCGGGGGCCAAGUGGGCUGCUCACUUAUAACGGGAAAGGAAAUUUUAGCAUCCAGCCCAACAAGAAGUCUCCCCCAGAAUCCCGAAAGGCAAAGAAACUGGGAAUGAUUGCUGGCGGAACAGGAAUCACCCCCAUGCUACAGCUGAUCCGGGCCAUUCUGAAAGACAGAGAAGAUUCAACCCAGUGCUUCCUGCUUUUUGCCAACCAGACUGAAAAGGACAUAAUCCUCCGGGAGGACUUGGAGGAGCUGCAGGUCCAAUAUCCCAAUCGCUUGAAGCUCUGGUUCACUCUGGAUCAUCCCCCGGAAGAUUGGGCCUACAGCAAAGGCUUUGUGACUGCUGACAUGAUCCGGGAGCACCUGCCUGCUCCGGGGGAUGAUGUGCUGCUGCUGCUGUGUGGACCACCUCCCAUGGUGCAGCUGGCCUGCCACCCCUCUCUGGACAAACUCGGCUACUCACAAAAGAUGCGGUUCACCUACUGAGCCUCCCCCAGUUUCCCCAGUCCCGUUCCCUGCAUCUGUCACCCAGAUACUAAAAAAGCCUUCCUUCCCUGCCAUUUUUUUUGUCCUACCCUGGAACUAAAAUCUAGGUGGUCCAUCCUUGCAGAUAUGGAAGUGAGCCAAGACUGAGUCCCUCUGAGAGGCCCCCUAUGUUUCCUUGUGAUAAAAGGCCCAGGGAAGGCCCAUGGAACAGCCUCUUCUGUGGGUCAGAAAGAGAGAAGCUGGCCAGAGAAAUAGCUCACUUGGAUAGUAUGCUGCUGUGCCAUGUGUGUGACUCAGGUAUGAGCUUGACCCUCCCACCCCACACACAUACUAAAGAAAGAAUCAGUGCUGUACUCCCCUUUCACUCUCACUUCUCUCUCUCUCUGCAUUUCUACCCAUCUCUAGCUCAGAGAAAGAAAGAAAACAGAAAGGAAAGAGAGAGGAAGAGAAGGAAGGAACGUGUAUAUUUGUCCCAAGACUGGCUAGUUCUUUGACAGUGCCACACUCUUUGUGCCUGUGAGGAAAAAACUAUGUGUACAAUGGGUUUUGCUUCGUAUCUGGGACUUAGCCUACAGCAGACUCUGUGUGUGAGCACAUGCAGAGCAGACUCACAAAAGAUGCCUUAUAGAGAUUGCACACAAGGAAUACUGUCUUCAGAACAGAGAAAGGAAUCUGAAAUAUGUACCUGGGUGUCUGCCUCUCUCUGCCCUUGACCAGGCUGGAGGAAAAGGCUCCCCAGAGUCUAAGACUGUUGCUUGUGCCUGGAAUGUCGACUAUGCAAAUAAAAAAGGGCUUGUGUCAGA